UGGCUAUGCAAAAGCAAAACAACGGAACUCGGUGGCUUCGAUCCAAAAUAAGGACGCGGUGAGUGACAGACGAGCUGCGUUCUCUCCGUUUAACCCUUCCGCGCCCAGCCUGGUCACCGAUCGCUCAUUGCCGGCGACUGCCUCGGCGCGCUCGCUCGGUGCCCGAAGGAGUUAACGCACUGAGUCACGGCCUCUGCUUUCAUAAUCUCUUCUGGGCUACUACGUGAAUCUCCCUCUCUGCAACUGGCAUCCUAGUGAGGGCUCCGGGAGGCACGUCGGUCAGCGCGGUGGGCCUGAACCGACGAAGAGCUGUCCUCUGGUGCCCUGCUAACAUUGAAGCGGACCUGCCCGGCGAGCUCGGCAACUUUUUCUCUCGCGAGCGGCUGAGGGGCAAGUUCCCCGCCUCGACCGCCCAGGCUCCACCGCAGGCGCGCAUACGCGCCGCAGCAGCAGCCGCAGCCGCACCGCAGCGGGGCAACCGGGCGGCGCGGUCGCCUCUCCUCCUCUGCGCUCCGAUCCGCUUGCGAGGUGGUGGCGAGGAGCAGAGGAGCAGCGGCGCGACGGUAGUACUUCGCCUUCGGACUGGAUGGAUUUCGGGAGCGCGGGCUUGGGCUGAGCCGGCGGCGCCUGCCUCCUCUCCGGGCUGCGGGAAACGCCGCCGCCGCCGCCGCCGCCUGCAGCCCGAGGGGCUACGAGAAUGGCACCACCCGCACCAGCAGCCUGCGCCGCCGACUGCGGAAGCUGCCACUGAGACAGCAGAAGGAGACAGCAGGAAUGGCCCAGAUCAAUAUACAAGUGGAAGAACUAGCACCCUUUUACUGAUUGCACUGGAACUGUGAUUCUUCUCCCAGGUUCCUGUCUGUUUUCCCUCCAUUGCACCUCAUUUCAUUCUGCAAGGCAAAAUUCCCCUGCAGGCUUCAGCCAUGACCACCUCUGCCUUGCGCCGGCAGGUCAAAAACAUUGUGCACAACUAUUCAGAGGCAGAAAUCAAGGUGCGCGAGGCCACCUCCAAUGACCCCUGGGGUCCCCCAAGCUCCCUAAUGUCUGAGAUCGCAGACCUGACCUUCAACACAGUGGCUUUCGCGGAGGUCAUGGGCAUGAUCUGGAGGCGGCUGAAUGACAGUGGAAAGAACUGGCGACACGUCUACAAGGCGCUGACUCUUCUGGACUACCUCAUCAAAACUGGCUCCGAGAAAGUGGCUCAUCAGUGCCGGGAGAACUUGUACACCAUCCAGACCUUAAAGGAAUUCCAGUACAUAGACCGCGAUGGCAAGGACCAGGGCAUCAACAUUCGGGAGAAGGUGAAGCAGGUGAUGAGCUUGCUGAAGGAUGAGGAAAGGCUGAAGCAGGAGCGAGCCUACGCCCUGAAGACCAAGGAGCGGAUGUCCCUGGAGGGCAUGGGCAUCAGCAGCAGCAACAGCCAGCAGCUGGCCUACGGGCGGCGGGCCUCGCAGUACGGCGAGGAGUACAGCAGGUCCAGGGGGUCCCCGUCGUCCUUCAACUCUUCUUCCUCAUCCCCUCGGUUCAACUCUGACCUGGAACAGGCAAGACCACAGACCACUGGAGAAGAGGAGCUGCAGCUCCAGCUUGCCCUGGCCAUGAGUCGAGAAGAGGCAGAAAAGCCACUUCCUUCAGUCUCCAGCACAGAUGAAGAUCUGCAAUUACAGAUUGCCCUUACCUUGAGCAAACAGGAGCAUGAGAAGGAGGUUAGGGCAUGGCAGGGAGAAAACUCGCUCUUGCAGAGGGUGUUAGAAGAAAGUCACCUUGCUGUGGAGGAGGAAGAUGAUAAAACCAAGAAAAGUCAGUCUUCUGUGUUAGAGCUGGCAGACAUUUUUGGACCCGCACCGGUCACCUCUGCCCACACUUCCGCUGAUCCAUGGGAUAUCCCAGGUGGGGGCACUCCUCAGUCUGUUGAGGUUUGGAACCAAGACACGGCCUUCUCUCCUCCUGCUCUGCCCCUGUCCAGUUCUUGGGAGCAUAACACUACCAAAUCCACUGUGGAAUCGGCAGGGACCUCUUGGGGUCCCACCACAGACCCUUGGGUACCUGUACCUUCAGGGGAUGCUCUAAGCCAGACAACAGCAUCUGCCAGUCAAGCUGCCGCCGUGCCCUGGGAUCUUCCUCAGAUCUCCUCCUCUGCCUCUUCCUCUGAUCCUUGGGCGGUGAAGUCCCUGCCUGCCAGCAUCUCACCCUCAGAUCCCUGGGGAAAGUCCUCACCACCUGCUCUAGUCUCCGCAGGUGUCACUUCUGCCGCUGAUCCUUGGGGAGGCCCUGCGGAUAAGCCUUCUGCCACUGGCAGUGUUCCAUUCGACUUGUUUGCAAAACUACCAGAAGAUACGGAUCAGGCGGAACAUGACAGCUCCCAUGCCCCUGCCUCUGUGAAAUCCAACAGCCCUGUUGAUGUGGACCUGUAUAGUGACCUCAUUUCAAGCACCAAGGAGAAUGGAGUCAAGAAUAAGGACGCUUUUGAUAUUACAGGCCUCGGAGACUCUCUUCCUGACCCAAAGAAGGAGAAGAAGGAUAGCAAAACUCCAGAGACCUUUCUUGGCCCAAAUGCCUCCUCCUUGGUUAAUUUGGACUCUUUGGUUACAGCUCCCCAGAACCUGAAGUCUCGUAAUCCAUUCUUGGCAGGGCUCAGCACACCUUCUCCCACCAACCCCUUCAAUGUCCUCGACCAGCCCAAGCCAACCCUCAACCAGAUGCGGACCAGCUCCCCGGGGCCCAGCGCAGCCAUGGGAAUGGGCGUGGGCGCCAUGUCCUACAGCGCUUCUCUCCCUCUCCCACUCAGCAGCAUCCCAUCGGCGAUGACCCUGCCAGCCUCCAUGAGUGCCUUCCCUCAGGCUGGGGCAGGCCCUUUCCCAGAGCUUCCCAGCAACUUGCCUCAGCCUCUCCUACCGCUCUCUGGCUCAGUCCCGCCACCGCUACCUUCCCAAGGCAGUAUGAACCCGUUCCUCUGAGAAGACUCUGUUGAAAUUGCGUGGACUCUCUUGCUCCUUCCUGUGGCGUUUUGGAGAAACUCCUAUGCCAAUGCUUUCUGGGCGCAUUUGUUUUGAAGGGAGGGACUGUCAUCCUGGAAGCUCUUCUCCGAUUUUCGGCCCAGGCCAAAGAGACCCAGUGACUCUCCUUACUUGGGGGCUUCAGAAGAACCAGCCCCUCCAUGAUGCUCAGCAUUGCCUACAAUCUGCCUCUGAUCACAACCGGGAUAUGCCUGCCAUCAACGGACGCUGCUCUGAUGGGUGCAGAGAUGAUGGGAAGACCCCGAGGAAGGAGGGCAUUAACUUUCAAGGGUCUCUGUUCUCCAAUACCUUCCUGCUGGUAUGGGCGGACUAAGAUAAAACAUCAAGAAAAGUCAUGCAUAAAGACGGUCUCUUCAGUGGGGAGGACAACGUAUUUUGUACUCUGCAUGGAAAACACAGCCCUUUUUGCCAAGGUCUGCAGCUCUGCUGUGUGCAUGACAGGGCCACAGUCCCACUUCUGGAAAUCAAGACAGCUCAGCAAGUAUAGCAUUGCUAUGCGCAAGAGGCUGACAUCCGAGUCCUUCCCCCUCCAGCCCCGAGUCACCUUCACUGGGUUGCUUGACUAAGCCAAAUCUCCUCUACUGCUGUUUGGCACCCCAUCACACCCCGGAAAGGUUCAAGUUAGAACUUGAAAACCCAACUUUCCCAGCUACAAAAAGAAGUACAUAAGACACAUAUUUAUUCCUGUGCAUCCUUCAGUUGGCUUGUCAAGUUUUAGGUUUUGCGAUUUAGUGUAAAGGACCAGUAAGGCAGUGGGAUGAGGCAAGUGGAAGCCUGUGGGAUGCAAGAUCAAAAAGACUGGGCAGUUGAAAUAAAUGCCUGUCAUUCAGGGGUAUGUCUUACUAAUGAUGGGAAGGGAGGGCAGCAGAAGCAUAACCUUCAUCCCGCCCCUUGGAAUUGUCUCACCAACCUACCUGGGCUUCUCCUCCUUUGCUCAGAGAACUGCACAAAGGUAUACUGAGGAACUAGGCAGACUAGAUACUAGCCUUUAAAUAGCCCCCAAACUGAGACCCUGAAGAAGGCAUCGUCCUUCAUUCUAGGAGUCCACUGUUCCUGUUGCCACUCAUACUUCAGGCCAGACAUCCAAGUUCUCUGCCCUUGUGCUUCUGCCUACUUUGAUUCAAAUGGACUUUUCUUUUGAUAUCUUGGUACUUCUUGGGGAGGGGAUCUGGAUCCUCCCCUGUUGUCACCCUGGACCACUACAUGCCUGACCACAAACUCUGCAGCUGUUCCCCAGUACCUACCUCUCAAGUCCUAAUCGCCAAAAUGCGAAACUCCUGAAACAGAGCUCCAUCAUCUAGAAACCCUUGAAUGAGCCCCGCGAAGCUCAUGCAGGCAUUCUGGACAGCUUUACUGGAAGCAAAUGCUGGGAUGACCAUUCUUCGAAUGUGACUUUAGAAACCCUAAAACUUGCAAACCGUAUUAUUGUGCUUGAUGGCCUCGGAGCAUUUCACUGGUGUUUGGAUUUGUUUAAACACUGAAAAAGACACCGAUGGAUGUGUGUUUUAGCCUCACUUUUUAGGCAACCUCUCCCUCCAAGAUCCUUCCAGGGUAUCAAUGGACAUGUUGAAAAUCAGAGAGCCAGAAUGGCAAAGGACUGUAUGCACAGAUGAAGUUAAUAUUCCAGUUAUCAGCUGUGUCUUAACGAGGGUUGCAUCUGCAGGAUAGAUGGCUGUGGAGCACUAAUGGGGCUGACACAGCCUAGAAGGAGGAUCAGAGCAAGGGCCGGGCACAGAAAGCAGUGGGUACAAUCCCUGAGGCUUUAUUGUCUAUGCUUAUGCACCACCACAGCAAUCCCCAUACCAAUACAGACUUUUGGACUAUAGUGGCACAUGGGGGCGGCGGGGUGGGUAGGAAGAAGCAGUCAAUAAAAUAUCCAAAUGUG